AUGAAUAUAAUGCAGGCCCAAAAUCUGGAGGCCCAGCAAAGACUAAUGGAAAAUGGACCUGACGCCAGACGAAUGAGAAAGGCAAUUUUUCGGCGCACUAUUGACUACAACGCAGCUGUGAUAGCCUACCUCAAAGAUCGGAUCUGGCAGCGGACGACUUUUAAACGGCCCGCCAUUCAGCCUGAUUAUCUUUACAAUUUUUUGCUAAAUCCUCCUGGUGAAUAUCUGGACAGUCCAAUGAACUGUGUUACCGGCAAGCCAGUACGCACGUCCACUAACAAAAACAAAUGUCCGAUUUAUUGUGUCUGCUGGACCCCUGAGGGUCGACGACUGAUAACAGGAGCAUAUAGCGGCGAAUUCACUUUGUGGAACGGUCUCACGUUUAAUUUUGAAACCAUUCUCCAAGCACACGAGUCUCAGAUACGCUGCAUGAAAUGGUCGCACAAUGAUGACUGGCUCCUGACCGCAGACCACUCCGGAUACGUAAAGUAUUGGCAAGCCAACAUGAACAACGUGGAAAUGUAUCAGGCUCAUAAAGAACCCAUCCGCGGCGUCAGCUUUUCUCCCUUCGACACUAAGUUUGUAACCUGCAGUGACGACUCCACCGUUCGGAUUUGGGACUUUCUGCGUUGUACGGAGGAACGUGUUCUUCGA